AUCAACGCGACUUGGUUCCGCUAUCGCCGGAGGCCUUCCUGGACUGUCACCGAGGUCCCGCGGCGCCGGUGGGAGGAACAGGCCGCACUCGCCAUUUGUUGUCCUCGCUGCAGGCGUGAGGCGGGCGUCCUCUCGAAAGCCUGCGGCUCCUGCGACCCCUCUUACCAGCGCCAUGGCAGUCCCAGGUUGCAACAAGGAUAGUGUCCGAGCUGGCUGUAAAAAAUGUGGAUAUCCUGGUCACCUGACAUUUGAAUGCCGCAAUUUUCUCCGAGUGGACCCCAAAAGGGACAUAGUUUUGGACGUGAGCAGCACCAGCAGCGAAGAGAGCGAGGAAGAGCACGCAGAACUGAGUAAAUCACAGGCGCUACAAGAAAAAAGAGUAAAUGAAGAAGAGGAGAAGAAAAAGGCAAAAAGCAAAGAGAAAAUCAAGUUGAAAAAAAAAAGGAAAAGGUCUUAUUCAUCCAGUUCCACUGAAGAGGACACUUCAAAACAAAAGAAACAAAAAUAUCAGAAGAAAGAAAAGAAAAAAGAAAAAAAGAAUAAGUCAAAAAGGGGGAAACACCACAAAAAGGAAAAAAAGAAGAGAAAAAAGGAAAAGCAUUCUUCCACCCCUAAUCCUUCUGAGAUCUCCAAAAAGUAACUGGAUCUUCGUCUAAGCCAUUAAAUUUUAAAAUUGGUUUUGAAAAUUAUCUGACCUUCCUUGGAAUUUGCUAUAUAAUUAUGCCUUGCAAUAAAUCACAGCCUUUUCCAUAUAGACAUUUUUUUCAUAUAUGGGACCAUUGUCAUCUGGCAAUACAUUUUUAAUGUGCUGACUCUAAAAUAUUGAAUCAGUCUUACUACUUGGUAGACAUGCCCCAAAUAUGGAUAUUUGUACAUACAAAACACAUCAUUUUUGGUAUUCAUGACUCUUUGUCCAACUAGUGUUACUGCUUCCUAAGUUGAUUGUAAAUGGCUUUACUACAGUCAACACAGAUAAUCUACCUAGCACUUAAUGAGUAUUUGUUGAAUCAAGUAUCCACCUUCCAGUGAUUAAGUGAGGUAGGGGAUAAUGCUUUGCUCUGGACUCCUGAAAGAUUUAAUAGCUUUAUAUCCUAUGAUAAUAUAUAAAGAUGGUGAAAUUUUUCACUGUUGUUUUUGGAUCUUAUCUUUUUUGAAUGUCAUAGGAGAUGAAGCUGCUUACUUGGUUUUAAUUAGAACAUUUGAAAUGAAUGGGUUGGCAGAAAGAUGAAAUGAAAAUAUUUAUAAGGAAUAUUUACUGUUACACAAAACAGAGUGUCUAGUAUCUGCCUCCUCUGAACUGUAACAAUUACAAUUUCCUUCCUUGUUUAAAAAGACAAGUGUAGUUCCGCCUCAUAGAGAUGAUGCUGUGUUGGAUAGAAUUUUUAGGAGACUCCUGGGUUGUUUUACAACUGUGCCAUAUUGGCAUCUCUUCAAGUGAUACCUCAAACACUGAACUUUUUAAUUAGGAGGAUGACAGCUAAAUCAUCAUUAGAACUGAUUUUUAUUGUAUUCUGUAUGUAAAUUUUAUGAAGCUUGUUUCUAUGAGUAAUGUGGAAAAUUUUUAUAAAUGUGAACAUAUAUAUUUAUUUGUCUAAAAUAAUUUGUAGUUUUGAAGCCGGUUUCACACUGAAUUUAUGGUUUCAAUAAUGACCAGUUUGGGGGUGUUUCUCUCUUUUACUUCAGUCCUAGACCUUAAGUGCAGUGACAAAAAUUUAGGAUUAAGAAUUUUAUUCUGUACUUUUUAAACUUAAGAGCCAGGGAGUUGCAUCAUGAAAGCCUUUAUAUAACAAUGGAAAUUUUAUAUGGGUAAGCAUUUUCAAACAUAAAUUAGUAGAUAGAAGUGUUUCUUACAUUUUUAAUUUCACAGUGAUCAGUGUCACUUACUUUGCUUAGUAUUUAGAUAGCCCUGACAUCCAGUAAGUCAAACACUUACUGGUGUAGCAGCAUCAGAUGUCACCCAGUUAUUAUGGCUCCGCACCAAAGACUGCAGGUACCUCACUGUGGUGCAGUUAGAAAUUUUCAAGUUGCUCACUUGCAGACAUGGCUACAGGUGAAAUCAUUUUGGUGAAAUCAGGUAAGUACACGUAUCCUCCCAAGCUGGAAAGGUGUACUGAUUCUUCAUGCAGCUCCCCUCCGUCAUGCCCUCAGUCAGACUAGGGGAGCUUUCUGACUCCUCAGACCUGUGCUCACCAUAUUCCCAUUCUAGGGAAGCCACAUCACCAUCCCUAUUCGAGCGGUACAGCUGAGGAAGCUUUCACACUUCUAGCUUUCCCAUAAUCUGAUUUAGUCAGAUGGCCUCCUCAAAAAGAAGUGCUCCCCCCACCUUUUUCUUUUUUUUGGUAGUUCUGUCAGCUGUUGAGGAGAAACAGAGUUACUGGUUUUUAAGGGUUUGUUUGGCCUUUGCUGUAUUUUACGUAUUUUUUAAACUGCAUUUUACAAAAAUACGGUUCUUUGAUUAUCAUGAUGAAAAAAAUAUAGAAAAAAACUUUUAAAAAUGAUUGAAAAAUGCUGCAUGCACAAGGAUGACCUCAUCCUAUUGAAUGUGUAACAGGGUUAAAAAUGCUAAUAAUUGUAGUGAAACAAAGUUAAUUCAGGUACUUGUGAGUUUUAUUUCUGUUUAUUGUAGAGAUUAAUAAUUGGCUCAUUAGAUUUGUUUCCUGAAUGGGGACACAAUUAAUAAUUGUCCAGAAGAGUUAUAUACAAUUCAGCACUUGUUAACUAAUACAGUGUGCAAAUUAAAAAACUCGAUUGCUCAGUAAUUUUUUCUACUGGAUAAUAUUCUUGGAAUUAUUCUUAAGUAAAUUCCCCAUAGUAUGAGAACAGUUUAUGAAAUCUCUCAUCUGAAUAAAAUUCAUUUCUUUUCACUAAUUUUCAUCUAAAAUGAUCUUGUUACUGGGAUUGGAUCUAGAUCUCAUUCACAAAUUUUGGAAGAUUAGUGAAAUUUUCCCUGAGACGCUAUGUAGCAGAAGGAAAACUGAAUUUAACAGUAAAAAUCUAAAAAGUCCUGGCCUUUCUAACCACCUAUGUGACUUUUAACUAAAUCAUUUAGCUUCUCUGGGCCUUGGUGUCUUUCAUCUAUAACAUAUUGUACCCAGUUAUCUCUGAGACCUCUUCCCCUCCUUAAUGUAUAUGCUUACCAAUAUUUUAGUACAAUUCAAGUAAUAUUAUUCAUUUUAGAAAUUAUAGAUAAUAAGGUAGCAUUCUGUAAUGGUAAAGUUUGACUUAAUACAACUGUUAAACACAUUCAACUUCUUUAAGCAGGUAAUUGAUAUUUACUUUACAUUCUUACCAAUAAAUGUGUGUCAUUUUCACUAGAUGCAUAUAGAAUUUAUGUUUAGCUUUGUAUCUGUAACCUGAUUACCUGAAUACCUAAGGCUAUUGCUUUUAGCUGAUGGAUCUACUCCCUAUACAAUUCCCUCUCUCUUUUCUCCAUUAUUAUCUUUUGGCUAAAAUAUCUCUGAGGUAUCCUUAGUUGUUCACCCUUCAUACAUAUCCGUUUAUAUCUUUGGUUCUCUGAGGCCAAAACAUCAAUAAAUAAGGAGUAAAACAAUUUAUGUGUCUGUAUUUACAAUUGACUCUGUCUAAAAUGAUAUAACCCCAGGUCACCUUCAGUUAAACUAGGUUGCAGAGUUAUGAAUAAUGUUGAUAGAAAUACCAUCAGUUCCUUUAUUCAGCAAACACCGAUUGAGCACCUGGCAUGGCAAACACUCUGCCAAGUACUGGGGAUACAGAGAUUCUUAAGACCCAUUUGCUUCCCUGAAGAGGUUCCUAGUUUAAUUGGUAGGAGAAGCAGCAGAACACAACACUGUGAUAAGUGCAGUAACUGACUUGAGCGUGCAUUUAUAGAAGCACAGAAGGUUACUUAGCUUGCCAGGAGCAGUUAGAAGAGGCAACCUAAAGGAAGUAUUGUUUGUCUUGGAUUUUGAUGGAGGAUGAAAGUGGAAGUGCCGGCAGUUCCUGGUGAGUGGGUACUGUGAACAGAGACCACAACAGAAAAAUCCGAGUUAUGCGUGUGUCAAGAAUUGCAAGCAAUAUGUGAGGCAUGAAGUGCGAAGAAUUAAGACUACUUCUGAGGUUCUCAGGAACAUGAGAAAGUGGUCUUAAGUUCCAAUUUGGAAGCUUGGACUUGAAUCUCAUGAGACACAUGAGAGAGUUUUAAGGAAAGAAAUGACUUUUAUUGAGGUUUGCUUUCACCCAUUUCAAAAUCCAAUUAAACAAUUUUUAAAAGAUGAAAUUGCUCUCAUGAGAAGGCCACAUAAAUAAUAACUUGAAUCUUUUGCAUCCUGUUAUUUGUAUAUUCCUAUCAUGUCCUCUUCUUCUAGACCCACUUUUCUUUCUAAGAUUUGAUGAUUACCAAAGAUUCCAGUGACUUGUCUUCUAAAAACACAUAAAGCUACUAUAUUCCUUAUGAGACCCAUCCCCAGAAUGACCUGCAUAUGUGCAUAAUUGAAAGUGUGUUUUGUCUUAAAUUCUUAGAUUAUUUUAAGGAAGAUUUUUUUUUUUAGAUUAUUUUUGACUGACUGAAAUUCUUUCCCUACGUUAGUAUUUGUUACACCCCCCCCAAAAAUUAUUUAAAAUAGUUUUCAUUCUAUAGACUUGGUUGUAAUUUGAUGAGGCUUCUCACUUUCUUAAUAUUUUGUCUCAGUGUGUGAAGCACAACUAUUUCAGAGUUACAGAGACACGUACCAGUUGGUCCUCUGGUUGAGCCUGGUGGCUCUCCCUCAGGUAAGCUGGCUUGGCAGGGACUAUAUCUAGUACUAGUGCUGGGAUUCCAUCUUCCUGAGCAGUUGGCAUUCAAGGACAGUAUGUGUCUUAAAAGCCAGCAUGACGGUAAUCCGACUUUCGGAGCCCAGAGGCCCCAACCAGCCACACAUUCGGCCAUGCCCAGCCUCAGUACCUUUCACAGGUUAAGAGGAGUUUGGGGGACCAUGAGCAUUUUGCUGGCCUUGACCCCAUUUGCCUGCUUCCUGUGUCAUCUAUGGCACCUGCACUUGCCCUUGAAGAGCAAAGGUUGAGCUAUACCAGCGCCUUAACUUUCUCAUCCCAGGUUUUUGCCUGAAGCAACAUCUGGUUAAUAGUGUAAUUUUGAAUAUCUGUGUAUCAGGACAGCCAGUGUGAAAUCCAGCGCAGGCAGUGGAUGUUGCAGUAAUGAUCUGGAGCUAUACUCUCAAUAUAGCCACACAUGGCUAUUUGAAUUUAGAUGAAUUAAAUAAAUAUAAAUGUCUUCUUCAGUUGCAUGAGCCACAUUUGAAGUGCCCAGUUGCCACAUGUGGCUAGUGGCUACCAUGAACAGUGCAGA